AUGGCUGACAGCAACACAGUGACACCAUCUGUCGCAGUUUCCAUCAACGUCACUGGCAACCUCACUGGCAACCUCACUGGCAACCUCACUGGCAACGCCACCACACCCGUUGCUGUCCAUGUAGCCCAAGUGAUUAGCUGGUUGACGUUGAGCAUUGGGCUGCCCGCCAUUGGACUGGCUAUUUACACCCUCAAGAAUCUGUCCAAAGGUGGGAACAAAAUUCCCAUGCAUGUCAUGUUCCUCCUGGUCUCUGACGUUCUCAGUUUGUUUGGCCGUCCCAGUGUGGACCAGGACAUGGAGACUGAUACCGGGUUCUCCUCAAACCCUACCGAACUCAUCUUCUAUUUUGGUGUCGUCGCCAACGUCACCCUCAUGCUGUUCAUAGCUCAGGAGCACCAUCUCGUGGUGGCCUACCCGCAGUGUCUUGGCUGCUGCAGCAGCAUCAGGCAUUCACCUGCAGUCACCUUGGUGACGUGGGCGGCUCCGUUCGCCAUCUUGGCCCUCGCCGUGUUGCAGUACGACCUCUGGUUCGCUGUGUCUCUGCUCGCUCCCUUUCCCUUCCUCCUCUUCUUUGCUGUGGAUUCCUGGAGGGCCCUAAUCUGCUCUAGAUCUAACCCAAAAACCCCAGAGAGGAGGAGGUCGGUGUGGGGGAUCGCUGCAAUCUGGGCCAACUACACCCUCCUCUACGUUCCCUUCAUCCUCAGCAUCCUCCUGAAGGCUCUGUCCUUUACGGAUACGGUCACAUACCUAGGGCUGGUGUCUCACCUGCUGCUCUACCUCAGCCCUUUGGUGGACCCCUUCCUCUACAUGUUCAUGACCAAAGGGCUCAAAGAGGUGAUGCAGGCGCUGCCCUGCUGCCAAAACCGAAGACGGAGAGAGAACAGCACAACCACUGUGGCUACUGUGGCUGAGAGUGUGGAGACAAGGCUUUGA